AUGAUUCUACUCUUUCUUUCCACCUUUGUUGUCGCCGUUUUUGGAGGUUUCAUUACUGGAGAAGAAGCUGGUAGUGUACCAACCACCUUUGCGAAGGUGGGCGGGAAUGUAGAAAUCAAAUUUCCACAAGGGGCCAAUUAUCGACGUGUUAUUAUCAAUCAAGCCAAUCCGGCACUCAAUGGACCUCAAAUCUAUAGAGUUUGUAAUGGAAAGAAUAAGAACACUUGUGGAUUCUGGGAAAAUGCUCAAACCAAGAAGAAGAUUCCGUCUGGGACAACAACCUAUAACAAAACCAAAAAGGCACUGAUUAUCAAGAAAAUGAAGAAAUCAGACUUUGGACUUUACACAACUGGAAAUGGGCAAAUUUUUCGGACUGUUGAAGAGUCACCUGCUUCUGGGAAAUGA